GACUGCAUUGAAACUUGAAGAAGUCUUGGGUGUUUUUCUUUUCUCGAUUUAAUGAAAGGCGUUAUAAUGCCGGAGACAGUCAUUAAGUACUCGUGGGUUUUUGGUUCGAAACAAAGAGCUGAAAAUUGCCUGCGGUGCGUUUUCGGUUCUGUUAUUCUAGGGCUUUGAUAGUUAUCAUAAAUUUAUGAGCUUCAAGUUUUCACCAUGGCUACGACUGGUUUAUCACAAGAAGUUACUCUCGGACAUCGUUCACUUUUGCGGUGUAAAGAUACAGUGCGGAAACGUGUCGAUGCGACUGUUUACCACUGAGCCGUUAAAGCAGGAAUGUCAGCGUCAAAAAAACAAGUUCGCUUUACUGAAGCAGCAGAGGGAAGGUUUUCUUCAUUAGACGAAACUUUACAUACACAAAAGUUGGAAACACCAAAUGGUAACAAGAAAAAGAAGAAAAAGAAAAAGACUAAGCUGCAAGGGCUAAAAGCUGAGAAGAAAAAGCUCCAAAGAGACCUGAAGGAAACAAGGCACGGAAUAUUGAAAGACAACGAACGAAAAGCAAGCCCGGAUUAUACUCCGUAUGAGAAUCGCCAAAGACUAGCACGUACAACGAGCGACACUCUUUCCAAGCUGAAAAAAUUGGAGGGACAAAUAACAACAAAAGAAAAGGAGAAGAAAGCGAAAAUCCAGGGAAGAUUGCAAACUAAGCUAAAGAAAAGAUCCAUUAGAGCGGAUAAACAACACAGUCGACUGAUUAAAAUGACUACACGACUGGAAAGAAUGAAACUAGGCGAAGAUGAACUCCGCGCUGAAAUAGCACGAGAAGCUGUGGAGCAAGAUGAAGAAAAUUUGCGUCCCGCAUCAGAGCCAAGAAUUCGACUACCCCAUAUAUCUGCCACUUCAGACGAUUGGAUGAGGCAAACAGAGGGGAAAAGUGAGGCAUCAUUGUCUGACUUUGGAACAGAAGGAGAGAGAGAUUAUUCCCGUCCCACCUCUGUUUUAAGCGAAUCUGCACUUCAACUAAGCUCCAGGGAGAAGGAAAUCGUAGCGAAUAAGCUCGCUCAUAAGUAUGACAUGACUCGUGAACUGAGAAAUACGAUUCACGAACACAUGAUAUCACGCUCGUACAGUUUCUCGUACUUCAAUAUAAUACCUCCUUACAAGCGGAGAAAACCCAAGCCACAGAAAACUAAACAAGUUUUCAAUCGCCUGGUUUACGAGGAUAAAAUUGGAGUUAUGGAUUUCAGCAAGUCAUACCCAAAAAAAGUUGUCUUAAGUGCGUGAAAUUUUGGUUAAAUGUUGUAACUUCAACUCAGCACAUCUUCGCUUACUUCAUGCACGCACGCUUUUGUUUCUUAAAAUGAUUCAUUUCAAUUACUGACAGGUGUUAAAUGUAAUAUUAUCGGAAAUUUGAAACUUUAAACUGAAUUUUUUUUAUGUGACAAAUUUAUAUCUAA